AUCAGGCAAGCCUUCUUCAUCGCCUCGACGGCGGCACACGCGCACUCGCUCUCCGCCGCUGCUCCCGCAACCAGCGCCCGGCGAGAGAGAUGGGGAAUCCGAAGCAGAAGUGGACCCAAGAGGAGGAGGAGGCGCUGCGCGCCGGCGUCGCGAAGCACGGCACCGGCAAGUGGAAGGACAUCCAGCGCGACCCCGAGUUCAACAAGUUCCUCUUCUCCCGCUCCAACAUCGAUCUCAAGGAUAAAUGGCGGAAUAUGAUUGGUGGUGCCAGUGGCCAAGGUCAAAGGGAUAAAUCACGGGCAAAAGCUAAAGCGAGCUCAGAUGCUCCUUCUACCUUGCCCAGUUUGCCAAAUGCCCCUAAUGUUCCCGUUUCAGAUGAAGCAACUGCAGAACCAGCUACUGACGGUGCUCAAAGAAUCGCAGAUGAUGGAAAGAAUACACCCAGGUACAAUGCAAUGAUAUUUGAAGCACUUCAAACAUUGAAAGACCCCAAUGGAUCAGACACCGCUGCAAUUUUCAACUAUAUCGAGAAAAGACAGGAGGUCCCACAAAAUUUUAGGAGGCUGUUGAGUUCAAGAUUAAGAAGGCUGGUUGCGCAAGAAAAACUUGAGAAGGUUCAGAAUUGCUUCAAGAUAAAAGAGAUCGCCUCUUUUGAGACCAAAACGCCAGCCCCUAAGGAGCAAGAUGUCCGACCUAAGCAGCUGCAGCCUGUUGUCAAUGCAAAUUUCCUUGAAACAGUAGAUGAGGCAGCUGUAGCUGCUGCAUACAAGAUCGCGGAUGCAGAGAACAAAUCCUUUGACGCAGCUGAAUCAGUUAAGGAAGCAGAGAGGAUCUCAAAGAUGGCUGAAGAUGCAGAUGCAAUGCUUCAGAUGGCUCUAGGGAUAUUAGAAAAAUGUAAUGUCAAAGGUUCUAGGGACGAAAUGGUGCUCGUCGCAUAAGAUGAUACAUAACUCAUCAAAUAAACCGAUGACUUGACUUUGUAUGUGUAGAUAUAUAGCUUGCUCUCAUUCUGACUUUGUUACGAAGAAUCAAACCAAUGUUGUACCCAUAUGCUUUCUUAAUAAUAACAUUGCCAUUGUCACUCCCA